AUGUCGGAGAGAGGCCGCUCUCCCACCCCGGUGCCAGUUCGGGGCACAUCCCAGUCCGGGUCUGGGCCUCCAGGCAGCCGACCUGGGACACCGGCUCCCUCUGGCCCUGGUGCCUCUGGGUGGAAAGCGGGACCGGGGUAUGAUCCUGCAAAAAUGACGACACACAAGAUGAUUGAGAACACGCGAAUGGAGCUUCCGCCAGAUGCAUUUGUCUUGGACGAACAAAAGGACGUUUUCGCGCUGCGCGGAAACAAGCUCAACAGCGAAGGCUCCAAGGCAAUAAUCGAGGUCAACCAGUAUCGUAUGACCAAGUUUGAUUUCAACAAGAAGAUUUACCAGUACGAUGUCAUCAUAUCCCCAGACACGGAGACAAAAUCUGCUCUGAUGAAGAAGAUAUGGACAAAUUCUGCGACAAAAGCUGCGCUGCAGAAUUACAACUAUAACUCAUGGCUAUUCGACGGUCGAAAAUUGGCUUGGGCUCCAGGUAUGGUGAACAAAGGAGAACUGCGGUUCUCUGUAAACCUCGAUGAAAACAGGCAGCCAGCCGGUGCUCCGGUACGAGAAUCAGCACGCUUUCUCGUCACGCUGCGAGCCACAACUGAAGUGCACAUUGCUGCGUUGAGAGGAUACCUGGAUCGCAAGAUUCAGUUCAAUACCAGCGUGCAAGUGGCGAUGAACUUUAUGGACCAUCUUCUACGCCAGUGGUCAUCAUCACGUUUGAUCGCCAUCAAAAGGAACUUUUACAACCCAUCAGAACGAGGCCGACCCCUUCUCGAAGGCCACGUCCUUGAAGUCCACAAGGGAACGUAUGCUUCAAUUCGGAUGAGCCAGAACCUCAACUUUGGAGGUACUGGUCUUGCCUUGAAUGCAGACGUGACCAACACUGUGUUUUGGACUGGACCUCAAUCCAUCGAUCAGCUGGUCUGCAAUUUUCUGGGCCUGUGUGAUCGAAGGUGGAAAGGCCUCAAUCCCACCUCAGUGAGCAACGUGCUUCGACCCGUCCAGGGCAGAGACGGGAAAUGGCAGUCGUCAGACGCUUUCAAACAUUUGCGAAAGAUGAGGAGAUUGAAAUUCACCGUGAAGCAUCCCAAUCGACCUGAAACCAACAAGGUCUACAGUCUCAUGGACUUUGUUUUUCACGAAAAAUACGGCCCAGAUGGGGCCACGGCAAAAACGGUUACUUUCGACUACAAUGGUAAUCAAACGAGCGUGGCAGACUACUACCGCCUCAAAUACAAGGCGAACUUGAGGUUUGCAAACUUGCCUGUGAUUGAUGCAGGGAAAGGAGGCUACGUCCCGAUGGAGUUCGCAAUCAUUGAGCCCAUGCAGAGGUAUUCUUUCAAACUCAACCCGGACCAAACCGCCGCAAUGAUCAAAAUAGCAGUCACCCGUCCGCAACAACGACGAGCAGAUAUUGAAAAAAAUGUUGCGGACUUGAAGUUGUCGGAGGACCCGUACCUGAAAAUGUACGGCGUCGAGUUUGAGAGAGGAUUCACAAAGACUGAGGCUCGGAUUCUGCCUCCACCCUCGGUGAAUUUUGGGCAAGGAAACGCGGAUCCCAAGUUCUCUGGUCGCUGGGAUCUGCGCGGGAAAAAGUUUUGGAAGCAGAAUGUCGCCCCGUUGCAGAACUGGGCAUUCAUUGUCAUGGACAAUGCCGUGAACUUUCCCCAAUUGCAAACGUUUGCCAAGUCGUUCCGUCAAGCCUUUCUGGGACAUGGUGGCAAAUGCCCGUCUGACGCGCUGCUUCUCAACGUGCCUGGCAACAUCAGGAACGACAUUGCCCAAGCAAUCGCUUGGGCUCACUCGGAGAUCUCCAAGCAAAGGGGAUAUACUCAGCUGAUUUUCGUCGUCGUCCAGCACAAGAACAGCCCUCACUACGAGCGGUUGAAGAAGUCGGCAGACUGCCGAUUCGGUAUCUUGUCCCAAGUUGUGAACGGCAGUGCCGUCGCAAACAACAAUGGUCAAUACCACUCCAACGUGUGCAUGAAGGUGAAUGCCAAGCUUGGAGGGGCCACUUCACGCACAAUGCCACCAUGGAAAUCGCAGCCCACGUUCUUCCCCAAGGACAGGCCGACGAUGAUAAUUGGGGUUGACAUUUCCCACGGGCCAGUGGGGGGCAGUGCACCGUCCACAGCGGCCAUGACAAUGGCGGUGGACCGAGACGCGAACCGGUACGCCGCCAUGGUAGAGUCGAACGGCUACCGGGUGGACAUGCUCACCCCUUCCAACGUGCAUUUCAUGUUGGGGCAGUUGACAAAGUAUUGGAUGGCCGGACACGAAAAUGCUUUCCCAAAGCACAUCAUCUACUUCCGCGACGGUGUAUCGGAAGGUCAGUUCGCUCACGUUUUAGACCAGGAGGUACGAGAGAUCAAAAACUAUCUUCGAGAGAAGGCACCCAAGGCGGCACUGCCAAAAUUCACAGUCAUCAUUGCCACCAAACGGCACCACGUCAGGUUCUUCCCGCAGAGGGGUGACAAAAAUGGCAACGCGCUUCCGGGAACUUUGGUGGAAAGCGAGGUCACACAUCCUUUCAUGUGGGACUUUUACCUGUGUUCGCACGUCGCGAUACAAGGGACAGCUCGGCCUGUCCACUAUCACGUCAUCCUGGACGAGAUGGGGGUGGCUGUAAAUGAUUUGCAAAAAAUGAUUUAUCAGCAGUGUUACUCAUACGCGAGAUCGACGACGCCCGUGUCGCUGCAUCCGGCGGUAUACUACGCCCACCUCGCAGGACAGCGAGCAAGAGCGCACGAGAACAUCGCGACGAGCGAAGGAUUCCGUGUUGGCGCCAAAGGCCACGAAAUGAUACGCGACCAAAUCGCAAAGGGUCACACAAUGGGAGGGGCGCUUCGAGGCACAGAUGCACCGCCGCUGCUUGUGCUGGGAGGAAAGCCCGAGGCCGACAGACCGCCUGCUGAAGGGGAGAUGCGCCAGCGGGAGUUUUUCCGCGGGACGAUGUGGUUCAUUUGA